AUGCGUUUCCCUCUAGCCCUUCAACGCCUGCACCAACCCCGAGCGGCGCGUCGAGUGGCGGAACCUGAGCACGUCUUCCGCGCGCAGUAUGUCGAGUCCGUGCUGUGCUUGAAGUCCAAGCCUUCUGAGCUGGGCCUCAACACCACGCGCUACGACAACUUUCCCUACGUCCAUAACCGCCUCAACCAUAUCAGCGAGCAUGUCCCCUUUUCCCGGCCUCCUCACUUUUGUUCUUUACUGAACCGAUCACGGGUAGUCCACGCGGUUGCCAUGUUCCUUCCCUGGCACAGGAACUUUGUGGCUCUCUACGAAGAGGCGCUUAGGGACUGCGGGUAUACCGGCCCGAUGGUCUACUGGGACUGGUCGCUCGAAGCAGACACCGGCCUAGGCGGCAACGGGAACAGAGCCGAGGGAGGCAGCGACAGGAAGUGCGUCGCGGAUGGUCCCUUCAAGGACCUGCGGCCUGCGUACUAUGGGGACGACUACGCGCCGCACUGCCUCUCCCGGAACUGGAACAACGGCACCGACAGGCCGGGCGACAUGAUUGCGUCCACCUACACCCCGGACGCCGUCGGCGAGGUCAUGGCGUCGCAGUCCUACCAGGACUUCCGGUACAGCCUGGAGGGCGGACCGCACAGGGCCAUCCAUGCUGCGGUGGGCGGUGACAUGUCGCCGGCCACAUCCCCCAACGACCCGCUCUUCUUCCUCCACCACACGCAGGUCGACCGGCUCUGGUGGCUCUGGCAGCAGCAGGACCCGGCGGCGCGCACCACGGCGUUUGGCGGGCCCCGGACGCAGGACGAGGACUCGCUCGAGGCGACGCUGGAGGAUGUCAUGCCCUUCCUGGGUCUCGCCGAGGAUGUCCAGGUAUCCGAGCUGAUGACAACGCAGAGCGGGCGGUUGUGCUAUGUCUAUUAG